AUGUCCCUCGUCGCGAUCCCCUCAGAGCUGACGUCCUGCAGUGGGCUGUUCUUGCACGCCGCGUCGCCAGGGGACGUCACCGAGCUGACGUGGCUGUGCGAGCCCGCCCACUCCAACCUGUGCGCCAAUAUCCUGUCCGUCGCCUCAGCGGGGGGUGCGGUCGCGACAACACUCCAGGUCUCCGCGGAUCUGGUGUCCGCCGCGGCCGCCGCAGACGUGGGGCUCGCCUUCCCGCUCUCUGUGUGGCUGCAGGCGCGCAGCAGGAACCAGAACGGAGACCAGACGCUGGGGUCCACCAACCUCACGUUCGACGUUUUCGGAGGCGGUUCGAUGUCUCUGGUCAAGGCUGCCAGCACCACGGAGUACUCGUUGCUGGACGAUUUCGUGCGCCUCCAGACCAACGUCGUCCUCUGUGACGGAGCCCUCUUGGACACUGACGACAUCCAGGUCUCCUGGGCCUGGAGGCCAGCGGGCGAGACCGCGUGGAACGACUGGACGAAUCCGAGCACCGUGGGGUUCUCGUCCCUCCAGAUGCCGACUUGGGAGCUGGGCGCCGGGCUCUUCGAGGCGAGAGCCUCCAUCGUCGGCUCGGCGAGCGAGGUCAUCUUCGAGAUGACCGUGGCGGACAUCCCGCCCCCCGUGGCGCGCAUCACGCUGCCGGCCGAGGCCUCUGCCGCCUGCGAUCUCCCGCUGGACGCCUCGAGCUCCACCGACCCCUCCGGGGCCGCCCUGUCCUACGCGUGGGUCUGCUACGCCAACAGCUCCGCGGGGGGCGCCGCCUCUGCCGGGGCCGCCGCGUCCUGCGGCGCGGCGGUGGAGAACGUCACGGCGCCCUCGCUCACGAUCUCGGCCGGGACCUUGCCGCAGGGCGCCUACCUCUUCAGAGUCAACGUCUCCCGCUGGGACGCCUGGGCGACGGCCGAGCGCACCGUGCUCGUCACGAGCUCCACGCGGCCCGUGGUCUCCUUCGGCGAGCUGGCGGCGGAGGUGUCGGCGCAGCAGCCGCUGGUGUUCCUGGCCGAGGUGGCCGAGUCCGCCGACUGCGUGGCGCCAGACUGGGCGGCGUGGUGGCUCGUGCCGCCAGACGGCGACGCCGUGCAGCUGUCGGCGCCGGUGGAGGGGGGCCCGCUGGGGCUGUCGGCAUCCUCGCUGCCCGCCUCCUCCGGCACCUACCGGCUGCGGCUGGUGUUGUCCGAGUUCGAGUACCUGGGCUUCACGGAGGACACCGGCAGCAGCAUCUUCGUCUACGAUUCCUCCUACUUCUCGAUCGACGAGCCGCCCGCGGGCGGCUCCUGCGAGGUGUUCCCGCCAUCUGGCAACGCGACGCUGACAAGGUUCACGAUCUCCUCAUUAAACUGGGUGGAUGACGACCUCCCCCUGCUUCACGCGUUUUCAAAAUGCAGCGGAUCAAUCAGCCAGGGUUGCGGCGCUUGGGUCACACUCAGCGCCUAUUCGCAGAGCGAGACCUUGCAGCACAUCCUGUUUUCCACACUCGGGACGGUGACCGUCCGUGCGAAGGCCAAAGACGCGCUCGGUUCUUCCGCAGAAGCCGUCACCGAGGUGGAGAUCUUCGAGCUGACAGAGGCUGUCAGCGACGACAACCUGCUGAGCGUGGUGAACGCGGUGGCAAGCUUCGGCAAUCCCUUCACCACCCUGGCAGCUGUCGCGGCAGCGGCGGAGACCUCGAAUGGUGGGAGCCAGGAGUUCUCCAGUGCCCUGCUGGAUAAGAUGACGGCCAGCGGCGCCCUGUGGGAGGCUACCACCGAGGCCGUCGAAGCGACGACGGCGACGCUGACCAGCGUCCUGACGGGGGUGUCGACGGCCUCCCUGACGUCCAACGCGGGCGGAGCGGCAGCCGCGCCCGCGGAGGUCAUCGUGGAGAUGGGGGUCGCCGGGAAAGCGGCGACGUUGGUGACCAGCAUCGCGACGUCGGCGGCGAGCCUGAACGAGGGCAUGGCGGUGGGCACCGCCACUUCGCUGAUGAGCUCCGUGGCCAUGCUGCUGAACACCGCCACGGCGGACAUUGCGGACAACGCCACCGCGCCCGCGGGGCAGGGCGCUGCGGCGACGGCGCAGGCGGAGCAGCAGAAGGCCUUGAGCGGCCAACUGCAGCAGGCCACGGGGGCCAUCGGCGACGCCGUCGUCCAGGCCGCCUCCACGGGCGAGGAGGUGACGCUGAACACGAGUUCCGGCCUGCACCUCAGCGUCAUGAGGGCGGACGGCGGCCUGCUGUCCGCGGGGGGCGCCAGCGUCGGCGGCUUCACGCUGCCCCCCAUGGCGAACCUGAGCGGCUGCCAGACCUCGGGGCGCAGGCUCUCCAGCUCGGCAGGCAUCGUCACCUCCGAGGCGAGCAUCGGCCUGCAGCACACGACCUGGCCGAGCAACCCGUUUGCGUACGCCGGCUCGACCGCGUCGGCGGGCAAUAGCUCUGGGGGAGUUGCCAUUCUGGCCAUUCCGUCCGACGGCGUGCGGUCUUUCAACAUCCGGCAGUGCGGGGAAGAGGUGGCCGUCAGCAACCUGGAGCAGCCCGUCAGCAUGUUGUUGCCCAUGUCCUCCGCAACCAGGAGGCUCCUGGCGGACAGGAGUCUCAGCCAGAGGUCUCCCGAGGACACCGUUGUGGAGGAGGUGCGCGAGUGCAUGUUCUUUGACACCACACAGGACGCCUGGUCUACCGAAGGUUGCUGGCUGGUGGGGAUCAGCGGCGACUCCGUCACCUGCAACUGUACUCACCUAUCCUCAUUCGCUUCCGCCUUCGGUUCCUUCACGUCCCUCGUGGGCGAUUUCCUCUGCCCCAACGUGGCCAUCCUCGCUCCAGCAGGGUUCGCGAACCUGGGCAAGGGCCAAUGGGCGUUGCAGCGCGGCGGGGUCGUUCUCUGGACGCUGCUGGCGAUCCACCUGAUCAUCACUCUGACGGCCGCCAGGUCGCAAAGAUCCCCGAAGGCGAAGCCAGCCUUCUUUUUGUAUUCUGACGACUUCAAGUCCUACAAGAAGCACGCCGUGUUCAAGAGCAUGAUGGAUGCUGGAAAGAAGAAUGGGAAGUCCCGCGCGACGGUGAUGGUUGUCUUCGCAGUCCACGCGACUCUACGGCUCAAGCUGAAUUGCGACUACGAGGAAUUGUUUCAGAAAGACAUGCAAGAUAUCGUUUCAACGCUGAUUUUCUACAGGUUGAUGAUGACGUGGGUGACAGCCACCAUGGGUUUCUCCGAGGUAGACCUGCGAUACUUGCGCCACGGCAACGUGCUCGAGCGCAGGAACAGCGAGGGAGGUGGCAGACGGACAGUCCUUGCGAUUGCAGCCACGACACGAGACGAAGACGACAACAAAGGCCUGGCCGGCGAGUUCGUCCAGACCCUCGAGGCAAAGAGCCGUCAGUUGCAGGACCGCCAGCGGCGGUGGUUCCAGGACGAGCUCUCCAAGGAGAUUGGCACCCUCUACAAGACCAUCCACCCGAUCUACAAGCUCAUGCUGUACAGCAUGACCUUGCCCUGGAUAUUCCAGGUUGUCGCGUUACUCGACGCCGUGUUCGGCUCCCUCAUGCUGUCGGCGGCAUUCUACGGCACCACCGCGAGCCCCAAUGUACCCGAAUGCGUCGGGCCGGAUGACCUGUUUGGAACCAUCGUUCGCGACAUCCUCGUGUCCCUCGUUUCGACGAUCAUUGCGUUCACCCCGCUGUUUGUAAUGCACUCCAGGCGAGACCGCACAAUGCCACGUGUGAGCGAUCACGAAGUGCAGAAGCGGUUGUGGAGGUGGCUCCUGAAGGACGUUGCCUGCAUCACAGCAGGGCUGCUCUGGUUCGCAUUUUGCGUCCUGUACGUCAUGCUCUUCCUGGCGAACGUGAGCACAAAGGACGUGGACCACUGGCUGAUCAGCCUGGCCGCCCGCUUCCUAAGCAACUGGAUCAUCGUGCCGUUUGUCCUCACGCUGAUUUGGGUCGUGGGCAUGCGGUUGGCCAGCGGUCUCCACGAGGACUUCAUUCAGGUCGGCACGGCCGGCCUCCUCAGAGCGGUCCGGGGCGCCAGGUCUUCCGUUCGCUCAAGCGCGGACCUCGGCGCUGCCCGCGUGCCAGAGCCGCCGCCGCAGCCACCUCAGGCCGCCCCCGGCGGGGGCCCGGGGGCGACGCCGGCGAGCGAGGAGCCCUUCUGGGCGUGGAUCGAGCAGGUGCGGCAGCGGCAGGGCCUCAGGGGCCCGCUGGACCUGCCGGCCCUGGCGAUGCCGCCGCCCCGGCCGCUGACCCUGGCGAGCCCGCCGCCCGCCCGGCCGCCCCGUGGGCCGCUGGCCCCGGCGAGCUGGCCGCCCGCCUGGCACCCCUGG